ACUUGACCAGGAAUGGAAGGAAGAUAAUACACGGAGAAUAUGGAGGCAGGGACAUCGGUAGCAGGACUACGCACUCCAUUCCUGCUCCUGAUUCUCUUCUCACUGUUAUCAUUGUCAAAAAUCCAAUGUGAACUAGUACAACAUCUGGAGAUAUCAGAAUCCGCUCCAGCAGGGAGUCGAGUGGGUUUCAUAGAUGCCGAAAGUCCUCCAUUCUUAAUAGUACCAGUUCCAGGCUCUCCAGUAAAAACAGAUCUAAUUGUCGAUCCGUCAACUGGGGAAAUUCGUACAAAAGUUGGCUUAGAUCGAGAAAGUCGCCCCUCGUAUAGUCUUGUUGCACUGCCUCAGAAUGUUCGUGUGGUAAUUAAAGUUGUUGAUGAGAAUGACAAUGUACCGACAUUUCCAGUUGAUUAUAUUGAUGUAGAAUUUCCGGAAAAUUCACCACGUGAUUCAAAACGUGCCCUUCCCCCGGCAAAAGAUCCAGAUCUUGGUCAAUAUUCAACACAAAAAUAUGAAAUUAUAAGCGGUAAUAAUGGAGAGGUUUUUAGACUCUCACAGCAUCGAGGCAGAGAUGGAGUGUUAUAUUUGGAUCUUCAAAAUUCCGGUUCACUCGAUCGAGAAGCUAAAUCGUUUUAUCAACUUGUUAUUGAAGCACUCGAUGGAGGAAUUCCACCGUUGCAUUCUCGUCUGCGAGUCAAUGUAACAGUCCAAGAUGUAAAUGAUAACCCACCAAUUUUCAAUCAAACAAGAUAUACAGCAAGUAUUCCUGAAAACUCAACAGUUGGAACACCUGUUAUUGUUGUUAAUGCAACAGACUCAGAUGCUGAUGUCAAUGGCAAGAUCGAAUACUCAAUUAAUCGGCGACAAAGUGAUAGAGAAGAGAUGUUCAAAAUUGAUGCACAAAGUGGAAUGGUUUAUGUUAAUAAGCCUUUAGAUUUUGAGGCAAAAGAAAGGCAUGAAUUAGUUAUUGUUGCUAGAGAUUUGGGGGCACAACCUCUCGAAGCAAGUGCAUUUUUAUCGAUUUAUGUGACAGAUGUUAAUGACAAUCAGCCAACAAUUACUGUCAUUUUCUUAUCGGACGAUGCAACACCUAAAAUAAGUGAAAGUGCUCAACCUGGUGAAUUUGUUGCCAGAAUAUCAGUGAGUGAUCCUGAUUCUAGAACUGAGUAUUCCAAUGCCACUGUUACAUUAUCUGGCGGCAGUGGACACUUUGGAUUAGCUACUAGAGACAAUAUUAUUUAUCUUGUUGUUAUUGAGAGGCCAUUGGAUAGAGAGGAGAAAUCCAUUUAUGAUUUAUCAGUUGAAGCAACUGAUACUGGAACACCACCGUUACGAGCAAUCAGAACAUUUAGAUUGCUUGUCACUGAUGUUAAUGAUAAUGCUCCUACAUUUAUUGAAGAAAAGUAUGAAGCCCAUCUACUUGAAGCCUCUGAACCUGGAACACCUGUUUUACGGGUUAAAGCCAGUGAUGCCGAUGAGGGCAUGAAUUCAGCAAUUAAAUAUUCUCUCAAGAACACAAGUUGGUUUAAGAUUGAUGAGGAUAGUGGUUUGAUAAGUACUGUUACACAUGUUGAUUGCGAGACUGAUCCAACGCCCAUAUUAAUUGCAAUAGCCACCGACUCGGGAAGACCAUCUUUAAGUGCUAGUACCAUUGUCAGAAUUACUGUUCACGAUCUCAAUGACAAUGAACCUAUCUUCGAGAGGCCACUUUACAAUGCUACAGUUGCUGAAAAUCUAUCUAUUGGGAGCUGUUUUGCCAAGGUACAGGCAACGGACCCCGACUGUGGCAUCAACUCGAUGGUAAACUAUACCCUGACGACAGCUGGUCGACUAGCGAAUGAACAGCUCUUCGUGCGAAGUGACACCGGUGAGAUCUGCGUGAGAUCACCAUUAGAUCGUGAGGUAGCGCCAUACUUGGAGCUACCAGUUAUUGCAACAGAUAGAGGUGGGCUGAGCACAACGACCAUAGUGCGAGUAACAGUGAAUGACGUUAACGACAAUCGUCCAAUUUUCAAUCCCCUCCAAUACAAUACAACAAUUCGCGCAGAUUCACCCUCAACGGGGACGAUAUUGAAGGUCACAGCAAAGGAUUUGGACGCUGGAUUAUUCGGUCAGAUUGCCUAUCGAAUAAUCAGCGGCAAUGAAGGCGGUGUAUUUAGAAUUGACCGGUCAACCGGUGAGCUGCAAGUGGCACGGCCCAGUCUAUUAACCAGAUCAACAUUGCAUCAGUUGAACGUGACGGCAACCGAUGCCGCUGGACUCAAGAGUAUCCUAGACGCCAGUAUUCGUAUAGCCAUAUCAAUGGGACAGCAUUUACCAAUUUGUCAAAAGCCCAGAUACGUAAUUAUAGCUAAAGAGAAUGUCCUCCAGAACAGCAUCGUGGGAGAUAUCAAGGAGUCAACGGAGUCAACUUCCGGUUCACGAGGGAGUAAAUUUUUCUUGGCAACGGGUGCUCAUGAAUUCUCAAUCGAUCCAAAUUCUGGAGUACUUCGUACGAGAAUAUCAUUCGACAGAGAAGUACAGGAUAAAUAUAUCCUGAGUGUAGGAUUGCGGAAUGACGUUGGCAUCGGUUAUUGUCAGGUGGAAUUGAACAUUGAAGAUGUGAACGACAAUCCUCCAUCAUUUGCCACAGCCAGUGUUCGGAUAUCAGUAGCCGAAUCCCACCCGCUACACACAGCCCUAUAUGUUGCUCAUGCCAAUGAUCCAGAUGUGAUUCCUUCAACUCCAAUUCGCUAUAUACUGAGCCAAAACAGUAAUGAGCUAUUUGGUAUCGAUGCCCAUAGCGGUGAAUUAUAUCUAAUACGCCGAUUGGACUAUGAGACGCAACAGCGCCAUACUUUGCUGAUAAGUGCAUUAGACGGUGGUGGUCUUUCAGCGAAUCUUAGUCUCAGUGUUGAGGUGCAAGACGUGAAUGACAACCCCCCGGUGUUCGAAAGAAACGAGUAUCACGUUGAGAUUCCUGAAGGCGCCAAACUCGAUUCACAGGUUUUGCAAGUGACAGCAUUAGAUUUAGAUACUGGCAAUAAUGCGAGGAUUAGUUAUCGUCUUCAAGGCUCCCUGUCAUUUCGCAUCAGUCCAAACACAGGAUGGAUAUACCUCACUCAAACCCUAGACCGUGAAACAACAGAUCGUUACGCACUGACAGUACUCGCUACUGACAAUGGUAGUCCAGCAGCAACAGCAACUUCAUCAGUUUUAGUAACAGUACUGGAUGACAAUGACAACAGUCCACGUUUCGCCAAGGAUUUCUAUUCAUUCGAACUCCUUGAGAAUCUACCAUCCGGUACAUUAGUUGGUACUGUCACUGCUUCUGAUCCUGAUCUUGGAAAGAAUUCCCUACUGAGAUACACAGUCGUUCAGCAUAACAGCAGCUUUGCCAUCGAUCCUGACACUGGUGAGAUAAUAACGAGAGAACCACUCGAUCGUGAGUUGAGGAGUCUUCACGAACUAGUCCUUGAAGCCAGAGACCAUGGGAGCCCUUCAAAAGCGGCUAGAGUCCCUCUGCGAGUAUCAAUUCUCGAUGUUAACGAUAAUUCACCUGAAAUUGUAGAUCCCCAAGGGGACAUUGUGAGCGUCCGCGAGGAGCAGCCCGUAGGUACAGAAGUAGCUCGAGUCCGAGCGUUAGAUGCCGAUCUUGGCGAAAAUGCCACCAUCACAUACAGUAUUUUAAAAGACCGAGACUCAGAUGGCUACAAUGUCUUCACAAUAGAUCCAAUAACAGGCAUGAUUAGGACAAAAUAUGUUCUUGAUCAUGAGGAGAGAGAUGUCUACAGGGUAUCGAUUAAAGCGAGUGAUGCAGGCAGGCCAUCGAGACAUAGCAUUCGAAUUCUUAGAGUGGAAGUGCUCGCUUUAGCUGACAACAGGCCCACAUUCACAAGUAGCAGUUUAACUUUUCAUGUCAGAGAGGAUGCCAGCAUUGGCCAGGCGGUGGGCUCUGUCUCGGGAGCAGGGCCUGCAGGAAGGGUCGCCUAUACACUCACAUCACUAACACCUCUGACUCAACAUCCUGCCUUUGAUGUUGAUAGAUCCUCAGGUCAGAUUGUCGUGGCUCAUUCGCUGGACAGGGAGAAUGUCAGUGAAUAUAAUUUAGAGAUCAGGGCUCUUGACACAACGUCCAUUGGAAAUCCCCAGAGUAUUGCAGUUUCUGUUAAAAUUUUCAUAGACGACGCCAAUGAUAAUUCACCAAAAUGGCCACAAGAUCCCAUCGUCAUCAGAGUUUCAGAGGGCUGUUCCAUUGGAAUGACCAUUUAUAAUUUGACUGCUACCGAUGUCGAUGCCGGUGCCAACGGAGAUCUGCGCUAUGAUCUUGUGUCUGAGUUUCCAGCUAGUGAUAUAUUUUCGGUAGAUUCACUCACUGGUGCACUCACUAUUAUGAAAACAUUAGACCGAGAAGAGCGAAGUGAGUACACGCUGCUAUUGAGGGCAACUGAUGGGGCACCUGUUGCCGAGAGACUCGCCACCACUGUCACAGCCAAGGUGGCAGUAUUGGAUCAAAACGAUAAUGAUCCCAUUUUCAUCGCCCCCAAUAGCACAAGAAUUUCAGUUACGCCAGAUCUCCUGCCGGGAGCCAAUAUCGUAAGAGUGAUAGCGGUUGACAGAGAUGCAGAUAAUAAUGCGCGUGUCUCGUACGUCAUUACAUCGGGCAAUGAAGAAUCAAGCUUCGCUGUUGGAUAUGAAUCUGGAUUAGUGACACUUGUUCGUUCGCUCGUCAACGACACAAUCCUUCAAAUAACAGCCAAUGAUCAUGGCUCUCCACCUCGUCGUGCUAUUCUCAAUUUAACAAUAUCAAUGGCAAUCGGUCAAAGCAAUGGACCACCACGUCUACUGCGGCAAAAUCCAAUUGUACGAGUUUCCGAACAUCUCCCCGUUGGUGGAGCUAUUCUCAACGUUGCGGGACCAGCAUUUGGCGAUCAUGCUAAUGUAAGCUUUCACAUUCCCGAUGGUGUUGGUGCCAACAAAUUUUCAAUAUCCCCGAGUGGAUUGGUGACACUUGCUCAGGCACUUGAUCGUGAAAAUACAGAAUAUUAUCAUGUACCAAUUCUGGCAAAAUCCAAUAAAUUACUCGAUUUAACAACGUUGAAAAUUGUCGUGGAAGAUGAGAAUGAUAAUGCCCCGGAAUUUCGUUCUGGAGCUUGUUACACGCUAGCUGUACCUGAGAAUCAAGAAAUAUCGAUAAUACAUACCAUUGCAGCUGUUGAUCUCGAUAAUGGCAAGAAUGGAGAGAUAACUUAUAGCAUAAUAGGUGGUAAUGACGGAGGAAAAUUUAGACUUGACCCUACCACUGGGGACCUAUCGGCGACUAGUUUGGACUGUGAAACUGUCCCCAGAUAUGUCCUAACCAUAUCUGCCAGAGACAAAGGCCAUCCGAGCCUGGAGGCCCACUGCAAUAUGUCUAUAAUCGUUUUAGAUGUCAAUGAUAAUGCUCCGACGUUCGCACCAAACCACCGUGACACCCUUCGGCUGACAAAAUCCUCAGAAUAUCCGAGUUUCACUCAAUCGUUUCACCAGUACUAUCCUAAUUAUUCCGGUAAAUACACCUCAACAAUUUCCGAGGAUGUGCCCCCCGACUCUUCAGUGAUGACAGUGCGAGCCACCGAUCCGGAUCAGGGAUUUAAUGGGAAAAUAACGUAUACCAUUUCUGAGGAGACUACGUGGCUCUUCAGGGUUGACAACCUCACUGGUGUCAUUACUACCGCUGGGCAACUGGACCGUGAGCGCCAGGCAACCUAUAAUUUCCUAGUAGUUGCGACCGAUGGUGGUCUAUACGACGCAAAGAGUACUUCAAUACCCGUUGAAAUAAAUCUGAGUGACGUAAAUGAUAAUCCACCAGUUUUCGAAAUGAAUCCAUUCAGAGCAAUAGUGCCAACAUCUACUCAACCUGGUCACAAUAUUCUUCAAGUAAAAGCUAAAGAUAGCGAUGUUGGUAUCAAUGGGGAAAUAAUUUAUUCUUUUUCCCACGAAGACGACAAGCCAAAAUUUCGAAUCCAUCCGACCACUGGUGUGAUAACAGCCACCACAACCCUUGUACAAGAGUUUGGUAGGACUUUUCACCUCGCGGUAAUUGCCAGAGACCGUGGGAACCCUCCCAAAAGUUCCACAGCACUGAUUGAACUGAAAGUCGGGGAUAAUGAGGAUCUUAAUCCAAUCCUCAUGUUCCAAAAUGACACCUACGAGGCUGUCAUUCCGGAAAAUUCACCCUUCAACACAGAGAUCAUUCGAGUGACAGCUGUGAGGUCCGAUGGACGUCGACAACACAUGUCUUAUUCAAUAGGCACUGGCAAUGAGUACGACACGUUCAUCAUCGAUGAGGAGAGUGGUACUGUAAAAGUUAAUGAUCCAUCGAGACUCGAUGCCGAGUUGUCAAUGAAUUUUGACGAGUACCACAACCAUUGGGAUCGCAAUUCGGAUAAUCAUGUUUCCAAAGAGAUACCCCGAGAGAGUUCAAGUAGAAUUUUAACAUUGGUUGCGAAGACAACUGGCCCAGAUCCCUUGGAGGCUUAUGCGAGGCUCGUCAUCAGGAUUUCUGAUGUCAACGAUAAUCCACCCAUUUUUACCCAGAGUCAAUACUCGGCGACUGUACUCGAAGGAAAUGCCAAGGGAAAUUUUGUCGUUAAGCUUUCGGCGAUUGAUGCUGACCAAGGCAUCAAUAGUAAAAUUCUGUACCACAUAGUCGACGGUAAUCCUGACAAUGCAUUCGUCAUCAGUCCACCUUACAGUGGAGUGGUGCGCACGAAUAUCGUUCUAGACCGCGAAAUUCGAGAAAAGUACAGGUUGACAAUCAUCGCAACUGAUCAAGGAAAUCCUCAACUCACCGGGACGACCGCCCUGAGCAUCCGAGUAAUUGAUGUCAAUGACAAUCAGCCCACCUUUCCGGGACACAAUGUUAUAUCCAUUCCAGAAGAUACAUCGGUCGGAGCAGUAUUGACUACCAUGACCGCCAACGAUGUAGACAGCUCACCCGCUUUGACCUAUCGGUUUGGAAAAAUCAACGAGCCAAUUCCCUUCAGUAUCGACCGAUACAGUGGUAAAGUGAUCCUAAGAGAAGCUCUCGACGCCGAGGAGCAUUACGAAUAUAGCCUUCAAGUUAUUGCCAGCGAUGAAAUUCACGAGGCCACCACCGAGCUAGUUGUCAGGCUCACAGAUGUCAAUGACAAUGCCCCAACAUUCCAGCAAGCUGCCUACGUCACAACAUUAUCAGAGGGACCAGAUAAUCUCGAAGAAAUUGCUGUGGUCAACGCAACAGACGACGAUUUCCUGGAAGUCAACAGGAUGAUUCGUUACUAUUUACUCCGCCCUGUAGAGGGAUUUUCAGUUCAUCCGGAGACAGGAGCAGUGACUGCUAAUAAAUCAGCACUGAGUCGACCACUGCCUAAAGAAAUUGAGCUGACGAUAGUAGCAAAAGAUUCUGGCAAACCACCCUUGUCAUCCAAUUGUUUAGUGAUACUUAGAUUGAGUGGACUGAGGAGUUGCUCCUCCAACAAGGAAUUCCAAUUGAAUAUCAGUGAGAAUGCCACGAGAGGAACGACAAUCCUCAAAUUGACAGAUAUAGGAUUACUCGAUGGAAUUAUUGUCUCCGGGGAUGAUGGAACUUUCGAGGUGUCCAGAGGAGAUUUAACACUCAUCAAGAAUCUUGAUCGAGAGACUAAAGACAAAUAUAUUCUGCAAUUGAGCUCGAAAACAUCAAACAGCACUUCCGAAAGUCUACCCAGCUCCGAUUUGAUAUUAAUAACCAUUGAGAUCCACGAUGUCAACGAUAAUUACCCCGUUUUCGCUGAAAAGACUCGUGAAGUCUCUAUCCCAGAAGACUCACCCCCUGGGACGAGUCUCUUAAGUGUCUCUGCCACUGACAAUGAUUUAAUCAACACACCAGCAUCAAUUAUUAUCUACUCAAUCACUUCUGGAAAUGAUGUCGGUCUCUUCACCGUGAACAGCACGACAGGCACUAUCUUCGUCAAUUCUACUCUCGACUGUGAUCUUUCCCCAGAAACGUACAGUCUGAUUGUGCUCGCAUGUGACACUGAUGUCAAUCCUCUCUGUGCUUUGGCAAAAGUCAGAAUCAAUCUGGAAGAUGUAAAUGAUAAUUCUCCGAAAUUUGCAGUGUCAGAAUAUCUUGAAUUCGUGGGUGAAAAUGAAUCAAUUGGUACUCGCGUCUUCUCAGCAAUGGCUUCAGAUCUGGACAGAGGUAUAUUCGGCAGUGUGAACUACUCAAUCGUUUCAGCAGCAGCCUCAGGCUUCUCCGAGAUAGACGACAGCUGGAAGCUCUUCAGUGUCGAGGCCACCACCGGUUCCGUCACGACGCGUUCAAUAUUCGAUUACGAGCAGAGAAAUCGUUACGCAUUCACCCUAAAAGCCACAGAUACUGGAGGUAGAACAGCUGAGGUUCGAGUUCGAAUUGAAAUAGACUCAAGAGAUGAAUUUUACCCUCAGUUCACAGAACGAAUGUACAAAUUCACUCUCAGAAAUAGUCAGACACAAGCUGGCAGUAUAAUUGGCCAUGUGACGGCUACAGAUAGAGACAAAGGUCCUGACGGUAGAGUUGUCUAUCAAUUGACCUCCCAGCAUCCUUAUUUCAAGAUCAAUAGAACAACGGGGACUCUUAUUCUGAAGAAAAAAUUUCACUUUGAUGCCAUAGAGGAAUCCUCGAGAUUAGUGGUGUCUGCAAGUUCUGGAAGACAAGGCUCUUUAUCCAAUAUGACUGUUGUAGAAAUUCGAUUUGUUGAUAAUAAUGAUGAUGAAAAUAGUGUAUAUAAUGGGGGAAAUUCUCUUGCAACACCCAGUAAUCUUGGAACUAACAUGGCAAUGGCGACGUCAUCAGGACUUGCAGACUGGGCCCUGGGACUUCUCAUUGCUCUAGUUUUAUUGAUAGCCACUUUUGGAGCGAUAUUUCUAUUUCUCCACUUCAGAAGUAAAAAAUUGAAAAAUAAUACAAAGCCCGGCCUGAAUGGAGAGAGUAAUGCGACGAGUUCCAACAGUUACGUGGAUCCAAGUGCCUUUGAUACAAUUCCAAUAAGAAGUGUUGCAAAUGUUGGAAAUGGCAGUAAUGUUGGAGUGUCCAAUAGUGCUGCAGGUGGAGGUGGAGGCUGUCAAUUUGCACCACCUAAAUAUGAUGAAAUACCGCCGUAUGGGACUUCCGGACAGGGACAACAGCACGCCACGUCCGAGAUAUCUGGGAGUGAUCAGAGUGGAUCCUCUGGGCGAGGCUCUGCCGAGGAUGAUGGUGAGGAUGAAGAAAUUAGAAUGAUCAAUGAGGGACAAACAACUGAUUCUGCUAGUGAUCUAUCGGUGCACAAUACACAAGAGUAUCUGGCAAGACUGGGGAUUGUUGAUCCACCCACUGGGACACCUAGACGUCCACCAGAAGCUCUGCCUCUUGAUAGUCUGCAUUUAUUUGAGGACGAAGCUGUUACUGAAGCAGAGAUAGCUACUCUAAUUUAUGGAAAAAUUGGAAGUGAGAGUGGGGGCCCGGCAUCGGGGCUUGGGGUGCCAGGGGGUCCAUCGAUGAAUGGCUCAUUGAGUUCAAUAGUACAUAGUGAGGAGGAACUCACGGGCUCUUAUAAUUGGGAUUAUCUCCUUGAUUGGGGGCCACAGUAUCAACCUUUAGCUCAUGUUUUCGGUGAAAUAGCGAGACUCAAGGACGAUGCUGCUAGUUUUCAUUCGACAAAUUCUGAUGGUAGUGCUAGAUUAAAGAGUGUACAUAAGGCUCCACCACCUCCACUACUGACUUCAGUUGCACCUAGAUCAAUAGCAGCACCUGCACUUGCCAGGGCUAUGCUCCCCAGAUCACCAAUUAGUCACGAUGCCUCGACAUUUCCCUCUGCUGCAUUGAGUCCGAGUUUUUCACCAUCGCUAUCACCACUGGCCACUAGAAGUCCUAGCAUCAGUCCCCUGAUACCACCCUCAGCCCCGAGACAAGGGGGUAACAGAAUUCCGGUUGUGGAUAAUGAAUUGAGAAUUUAGAACUGAAAGUUUUAUUUUAUUUAUUUCAACGAGAAUAACAAGCUCAAUUUCAUUGAAAUCAUUGGACAAAUUGGACAUUGAGAUUCACUAGUUUAUGAUUCAUUAGUGUUUGUAAUAUAACGUGUACAUGCGCAAAUGUUUUUUCAAUGUUGAAAAAAAAAUCAUUCCGGUCGAUUGCAAUAUUGUAAAUAUUCCACUGACAUUCGAUUGAUCGACGGUUCUGAGACUGGUAAUUUAGAUUUAAGUAGAAACUGUAUAUAAAUUAUGAAUUGUUUCUUUUUUCUCAUCAUUAUUCAUUUUCAUGAUGAUGAAAACGUUGAUUUCUUCGCGCGACUGACAAUGAUGGAAUUGCAUCCUCAUUGCAAUUCAACUCGAUAAUAAAAUUGUAUAGUUUUUUGACAGUCUCGAGUAAUGAAUUGAGAAGUGCUUCGAUUGUAAAGUGUUCAUCCAGAUGCCACUCAUUCAUUUAAUUCAUUUAACAGCGAAAGAACUGAUUCUGAUGAUACGACAAUUUAAGCAUUCUUCUAGAGAUAAACUAUUUUGUACGAUACAAUUUUAGAUUAUUGUAUAAAAACAAAAAAAAAAACCUGCCACCAAGGGGGUAGAGAAC